AGUCUCCGUGUUCAGUGACAGAUAUUCACUGCAUGUGUCCAUUGACCUCUGCAGAGCCAAACAGUUUGGGUUUGUCCUAGUCAGCAGAAACUGAAGCGUGGGAAUGUCACAGAACCAGUUUGUUCUCUUCGUGCCUCUCCAACAAAACUCACGUCAGCGAGGUUGUACUGUCCCUUCAGCUGAUCUCUCCAUCGGAGCGAACGUAGGUGUACCGCACAUCUCACACCAUGAUAAAAGGUGCAGACAGGCUCCUUAUCUUCAGACUCGGGCUUCAGCUCAGGACGGAGGACGACCACGCACAGCGAGACCUUCUGUCCGGCUGUCAGCGGAGGAGAAAUCUGGUGACCUCCUGAUGGGUGGCUCCUCCUCCAAAACAUCCUUUUUUGGGAGGAAGAAGAAGAAGAAGUCACCUAUAAACAAGGCCUGGAGUCAGCUGAAGGGGGCGCUACCCAAUAAGAAACACAAGAAGAAGAAGAAGAAGAACAUCCUGGAUAAACUGAACCUGGACAGCCUGAAGAGGGAGAAACAUUCCCAGAAGAGAUUCUCACUGCCGACAGACAAAAAAGAGACGAUAUCGCUGAAGAGACUCUCUCUCGGUAACCUGAGGAAGGGCUCGACUCAGACAGCCUCACCAGGGAGGAAGGAGAAGGACGGAGGAGGGCUGGAGAAAGCAGGAGAGCAGAUGAAGAGGAAAUUAUCAAGCUCUGCACUUAAAAAGAGGUUGUCUCUCCCUCUGUGAGCCUGAAGGACACAAAGGGAGAAAACAACAGAGCCUGGACGAGAUCAUCAGAUCCUCCGUUCGUCUGGAAGAAACAGACCCGAAGAAAAAACGAAACAAGUCAGAGAGAAAGAGCCUCGAAAUAGGCAGGAAAGACAAAAAGAAAAAAAAGAUGUCCAGCAAACGAAGCAAACAGUCUGAGAGAUGGAAGUUUUCAAAGUUUUUAAUGACGUCACAGUCAGUUACUGAAGGCAGAUAUUAUCAUGGCUGAAAAUGAGACACAGGAAACUAAAACACACAGCGCUACAGUCACAACGGUCGGAUCUGAGACACAUCCUGAUAUCAGUUUAAGUCAAUAUUGAACAGAAAAGCUUCGUUAUUACUCAGCUCAGAUUUGUCCUGCUGUUACCUUUAAACAGUUCUGAAUGAUUUCAGUCUGUCUGUUUCCCUUUGUGGUGUUUUCUUUCUCUCUUUCUGUCUGUCUUUCAGUUGCCCCCAAGGUACUGUACAUUAUAUCUACAAUUACAAUGUGAUCAUAAAUAAAGUACAUGUACAAAUGAAUAUUAUGUCACUCCAGCAUAACAACAAUAUACAAUGCAGAAAACUAUACAUAUACAUUAAAAACAAAAAGGAACAGCUUAUAGUGUCUGUCAGAAAAA